AACCAAAGGGAAACAUGCUGUUUGUUGUUCUUUAAAGAGAAUCAUUUGUUUCUAUUGUUAAGUUAAUCAACAAUUAACCGGCUUUCUAAUUUAAUCUAAUUGUUUGAACCGUUAAUGUCAUUUACUAAUCUAUUUGCCCUUUAAUCAGCCGGUUCUCUGGCCGAACUCUAAAUUUUCCUUUGUCCCUUUUUGUUUCAAUUUCUUCUCUGUGUCUCUAUUGUCUGCUUGUGAUCCAAUCUUUUUCUUUCUCUCUGUUAAUCCGUUUGUUUUUCUCUUUCUCUCUCUGUAAUAUUUAAUUCAUUUCUUUGUUGUCUAUUUGUCUUUGUUCCUCUCAUCUUUGUCUUCCUCUUUAACAUCGCUGAUUGAUACUUUUUAUCCAAGUUUAUUGAGAAAGUUGUUCUACUGUUUCUUGUACUAUGGAAUCCGCUCAGAUUGACAAUGCUGUUACCAAUCAUGCCAAUGGAGGUGAUACCGACGGUAAAGAUCUUUGUGAAGCCGAAGUGUUGAUCCUUGAUGAUAACAAUGAAAUCGUUAAUAAAGCUCCUGAUGAAAUGACCAGUAAAGAUUAUUAUUUUGACAGUUACGCUCAUUUUGGAAUUCACGAGGAAAUGUUGAAAGAUGAGGUUCGAACUGUUACUUAUAAAAACUCUAUGCUCCAUAACAAGCACCUUUUCAAGGGUAAAAUUGUUCUUGAUAUUGGCUGUGGUACCGGUAUAUUAUCCAUGUUUGCUGCCAAGGCGGGGGCCGCAAAAGUCAUCGGUAUCGAAUGCUCUGGUAUUGUUAAUCUUGCUGAACGUGUAAUUAAGGAUAACGGUUUCGACGAUAGAAUUACAAUAGUCAAGGGAAAAGUUGAAGAGGUUGAGCUUCCAGAGGGCAUUGAUAAAGUCGAUAUUAUCAUCUCAGAAUGGAUGGGCUAUUGUCUUUUCUAUGAGUCAAUGUUGGACACUGUUAUUUAUGCUCGUGAUAAAUGGCUGAAAAAAGAUGGUUUCAUGUUCCCAGAUCGUGCAACACUUUACAUUACUGCUAUUGAAGAUAGACAAUAUAAGGAGGAUAAGAUUAAUUGGUGGGAAGAUGUAUAUGGAUUCAACAUGAGCUGUAUAAGAGAAGUUGCUCUUAAAGAACCUUUAGUCGAUGUUGUUGACCCUAAACAAACUGUUACUUCCUAUUGUCUUCUUAAAGAAGUUGAUCUCUACACCGUUCGACCCGAAGAUCUAAGUUUCAAAACUCCGUUUACUCUUGUGAUGAAAAGAGAUGAUUAUAUUCAGGCUUUUGUAACUUUUUUCUCAGUCCAAUUCACUAAAUGCCACAAGCCCACUGGUUUUACAACUUCACCGGAUGCAGCUUAUACUCACUGGAAACAAACUGUUUUCUACAUUGAUCAAUCACUUACCUGCAACAAAAAUGAACAGAUUCAUGGUACUUUUUCAAUGAAACCCAACAAGAAUAAUAAGAGAGAUCUAGAUUUUGAAAUAUUAGUCGACUUCCAUGGGCAACAUAGUGAAAUUAACGACCAAUUAUACACCUACAAGAUGCGGUAAUCAAUUGGAUAAAAUCUCGUUGUAUCAUUGGAUUAUAUCACCGUUUAUUCUUGGUUUAUAUCAGCAGAAAAAAAUCCGGAUGUUUCUUUGUCUUUCUUUUCUUUUUCUCCUAUUCUUUAUUAUUAACUUUUUGCCUCAUUCUAUUCUUCCAUUUCAUCCAUUUUUUUCUGAUCCAUUGACCACCUCUCUCUCUCUCUCUUUCUCUCUCAAGUUUCAAACCAAAAGACACACUCACACACCGUCACCCAUAACAUCCCUUUCUAUUUUCAUCAAAUUUUUCUUCCUCUUGCUCAGUAUACACACAAAUUACAAUUAUUUUCUCAACCUAUCCAAGAUUAACUUAAAAGUUGCAUCAACCAAAUGGAUUAAUGAGAAAAUAAUUUCACUCCUUCAACCAAACAAAAUAAUAUCACCAAGAAUUCAUAUUUUUUUCCUCUCACAACUGAUCAACUAUCCAAACUGAGGAAAUCAAAUCAAAAAGUUUCCCGCCACAGACUAGAAGAUGAUCAUAUUGAUUCAUUUUUCUUGUCUUGUCAUUUUUUUUUCUUCAACCUUUACUUUCUUAUCACCUUUCCCAUCUCUCUCUCUCUCUCUCCUCUCCCUCUCUCUCUCUUUAUCACUCUCUCACCUGUCUCAUUGAUGUACCAUCUAAUUGAAACAAAUCAGUUUCACGUAAACAAACAAAAAAUGGUGCAUAAUUAAACUCAAAUGAUUUGCUCACAAAGCACUAAAUCAAAA